AUGAAUUUAACAAUACCGGAAUUUUAUAAGGACAAAGUUGUAUUUAUAACCGGAGGAAGCGGAUUUUUGGGCAAAGCUUUGAUAGAAAAACUUUUAAGAUGUUGUCCAGAUUUGAAGACAAUGUACCUUUUAGUAAGGGAAAGAAAAGGCAUGAAGCCCCAGGAAAGGGUCAAACAAAUCCUGAACAACGGGAUUUUCGAUGUAAUAAGACAAAACAACCCAGAAGCCUUAAAUAAAGUAGUCGCAGUUUCAGGAGACGUGAGCGCCCUACAAUUAGGCUUAAACGAAGACGAUAAAAAAUUAAUUUUGACCUCUAAUAUAGUAUAUCAUGUUGCUGCAAGUGUCAGAUUCGAUGACCACAUAAAAAAGGCAACCCUGAUGAACACUCGAGGAACCAGAGAAAUCCUAGAACUGAUGCUCCUGAUGCCAAAUUUGGUGGUAGGUGUUCACGUAUCUACCACAUAUUGCAACACCGAUAAACCAGUCAUCGAGGAAAAAAUGUACAGAGACCACGGAGAUUGGAGGGAAGCCAUCAGGGUUGCGGAAGAGUUCGAAGAUGAUUAUCAAGUGUCGUGUUUAACAGAAAAGUGUCUUGGAGGUUUGAAGAAUACUUAUGUCUACACAAAACAUUUGGCAGAAAAUGUUGUGGAAGACUACAGUGAUAGACUGCCUUUGGUUUUGUUCAGACCUGGUGUAGUUGUUUCGACUUGGAAAGAACCAAUCGAAGGCUGGAACGACAAUUUGAAUGGACCCAUGGCUUUAUAUAUUGGAGUAGGAAAAGGAAUCCUGAGAACUAUAUAUAGCAAAUGGGAUUCAUAUAUGGACUACAUGCCCGUGGAUAUGGUCACCAAAGCUUUGGUCAUUAGUAGUUGGAUAAAAAUAGCCAAACCUGUUCCGAACGAAUUGCUACCAGUUUACAAUUGUUCAGUUUCCGGAAAGGCUGACUACAACCAGGUGGACAUGUGCAAUGUAGGAUUUGAUGUUUUUUCUAAGAGGCCCUUAAAUGAUUGUGUUAUGCACCCUGUUGCAGAUAUUGUUUCCAACGAGUUUGAAUUCAGGAUAAAGUUCAUACUAUUUAAUUUUUUACCCGCCUUCUUCUUGGACACCUUGUUGAAAUUAACAGGAAGAAAACCAAUAUUGUUAAGAGUAAUGAGAAAAAUCUACAUGGCAUUGAUGGCCGUCGCCUAUUUCUCUAUUGAAAAAUGGGUUUUCAAAGCUGAGAGAAUGUGGGCCUUGAAUGAAAAAUUACACGAAUCAGACAAAAAAUAUUUUUCGUACAACUUCGAUGAUUUUGACAUGGAAGAUUAUGUCAUGAAGGCUUUGAUAGGUCUUAAUAAAUAUGUUAUGAAAGAACCCGAAGACAUACCAAAGGCCAUUAAACAAUACAGAAGAAAUGAAUUGGUGUACCACGUAUGUUCAUACAUAAUUUAUGGAAUUUUAAUAUACUUUAUAGCAACAAAUAGGUUAUUGGUGUAUAAUAGAUACAAUAAAGGUCCUAAUACAGAACCUUGUGGAACUCCACAGGUUAUGUUACAUCCUCCACUUGUGAAAUUCCCACCUUCGUCCUUACCACUCUUUUCAUGA